AUGACAGUCAAUAGCUUGGCUACAACAUCCGCAGCAUUCCUGUUUACCUUGAGUCCUGUCUGCUCGACAUCUCGAGUACCUAUGUACAUGCCACAGAUAGUAUCACCGCUGCAGUACAAACGGUACAGAAAAAUUUUAGACUGUCCUCCGAAAACCGAGGCGGAGCACGAGCUACAAGUUGCUUUGCGGGAGUCAGAGCAACGCGAGGAGGAAACCAAGCGCCAAAUGAUUGGCUUACAGGCAGCAUCUGUCCUACAGAUCCAAUACUGUGAUCGAGUACGUGGUCAGCUUGCAGCACAAGAAGAAAAAGCAGGGAGGAAGAAGGGUACAAGGCUCAUUGGUGAUGGCUUACCUCAUAUGCUCACUGGUGAUGUCUUCGUGGCACAGGUUAUCACACACGAGAAUGCGAUGGAGGCAGAAGCUAGAGAUAAAGAGAUGAGGGCCAAGAGAAGGGCAGAACGUUCUGAAGAACUCGCACAUUGGAAGAGAGAGGAGAUAGAGCGGAAAGAACGAAACAAAGCAACAAGAGCAAAUUUCGAGGCACAGAAGGUUGAGUGGGAGGCAGAGCGAGAUUUGGCGAAGUUGGAGAAACGGAGGCCACGGUGGAACAAACCAAAGAUGGGAGAGAUUGAGAAACCUGUGUCGAGGCCAGAGCGAGUUCAGCCAGAGGUUUAUGACAGCGAGCAAGAAGAUGAUGAUGGAGAAGAAGAAGGUUGA